CCAUAAUUAUUAAGCAGAAGAGAAUAUGCAUUCAAACAGUAGAACUGCUUGAGUUCUCUAGACAAUUCAAGAAUGGCUAGAGAGCGAAGGAGACCAAUCGUGGGGCAGUCGUCAUCUUCUUCAUCGAGGAUUAAGAGCCCGGCUCCAUUUCUAUCCAAGACCUAUGACCUUUUGGAGGAGGAAGAAGAGAGGGGUCGCAGGGAAGCAAUUGAAAGAGGAAGCUGGGGCCAAAGGGUAGUGUCAUGGACCGCUGAUGGAACCGGUUUUGUUGUUUGGUCUCCUGCUGAGUUUUCUGAGCUCAUGUUGCCUAGAUAUUUCAAGCAUAAUAAUUUCUCUAGCUUCAUUCGACAGCUCAAUACCUAUGGAUUCAAGAAAACAGCAUCUAAGAGAUGGGAAUUCCAGCACGAGAAAUUCCAGAAGGGGUGCCGGCAUCUGCUGUCGGAGAUACACCGGAAGAAGUGCGAGCCCAGCGCCUUUCCUCAGUAUCUGAAAGCAUCAGAAGAGAGUAACAACAGCCCUUCAUCCACGGUUGAGGAAAAUAAUACUACUCGUCUGCUACUCAUGCAGGAAAACAAGAAUCUGAAGAAAGAAAGAAUGGAGCUCCAAAUGCAGAUAGCCCACUUCAAAACACUGGAGCUGAAGUUGAUGGAGUGCCUUUCUUUUUACUGGGACGAUCACCACAAUAAAGUCAGGAGGUUAUGCUAGCUGCUUCGGACCAUGGUUGGUUGUUGGAGGUUGGGGAUUUGGGAUGCAAUAAUGGACUAUUUAUUUAUGUUUGCUGUCCCUUUGGUUCAUUGAACUUUAGAACCAUUGUGGUUAGUCUUUUUCCUGGUUUGAGUCGAAUUCAAAAAGGCAAUCUGCAUGAAAUCUUAUGCAAAGAUUGUCUGUAGGAAUAGUUUAUGAUGGUAAUAGCAAGCAACUUGUAUAUUUGACUUCAAGCUUAAAUAUUGAUGAAAGCACAUAUACUCAGCCCGCUUUCCG